UGGGGUGGUUUAUGCCAGCGCUGCCUGUGCAUCGCCUGAAUCCGAUUCCUCCUCUUCUUUCCUCAUUUCAAUUUUCCUUCGCGGUUAAGAAAAUCUAGUCAAAAUGGGUCGCAUGCACACUCCGGGCAAGGGUAUCAGCUCCUCUGCCACUCCCUACCGUCGCACUCCCGCCUCGUGGGUCAAGGCCACUCCCGAGGACGUCUGCGACCAGAUUUGCAAGCUCGCUCGCAAGGGUAUCAACCCGUCGCAGAUCGGUGUCAUCCUGCGUGACUCGCAGGGCGUCCCCAUGGUCGCUCCGAUCACCGGCACCAAGGUCACCCGCAUCCUGCGCGCCAACGGUCUGGCCCCCGAGAUCCCCGAGGACCUGUACUUCCUUAUCAAGAAGGCUGUCUCCGUCCGCAAGCACCUCGAGCGCAACCGCAAGGACAACGACGCCAAGUACCGCCUCAUUCUCAUCGAGUCGCGUAUCCACCGCCUUGCCCGCUACUACAAGACCGCUGGCCAGCUCCCGCCCAACUGGAAGUAGUAAGUAUCGCCCACUCUGUAUAUUGCCUGUGUAUUUCUAGUGCCAGCGAAGCUGUGGA